AGCGAGCUCAUUGAGAAGUGUGAAGUUUGUAGCAGAGAAGAGAGCAAUUCAAGGUCUGGUUGAUUUGGGGUUUGAACACAGUAGCAGUAUCAGAGGAAGAUCCAUUGAACAACCAGACCUUCACUUCACAUCCGUAAAGCCUUUUGCUGAUCGACCACAAGUCUGAUCUCCUUUUCUCCCAUGAGAGAAAUGAGGGUUUCAGCUUUUUAUCUGAUUUUCUCAACCUUCGUCUACAUUUAUGUGUUCCAGUUUCAAGCUCAAGCCGCCCCUGCUGCUCCGGUGAUUAAGCAAUUAUCUUCGAUUCUUAAGUGGACAGCUAGGUCUUCAUCUAAAUCACCAUCAUCAGAUGGGAAUAUUCUCCAGUUUGAGGAUGGGUAUUUGGUAGAAACUGUUGUCGAAGGGAAUCAGCUAGGGGUUGUGCCUUAUUCCAUCCGGGUCUCGCAGGAUGGUGAACUAUUUGCUGUUGAUGCAGCCAACAGUAAUAUCGUUCGAAUUACUCCUCCAUUGUCUCAAUAUAGCAGGGCAAGAUUGAUUGCUGGGUCCUUCCAGGGUUACACUGGACAUGUUGAUGGAAAACCAAACGAUGCUCGCUUUGAUCGUCCUAAAGGGGUUACUAUGGAUGAUAAAGGGAAUGUUUAUGUUGCUGAUACCUCUAAUCUUGCCAUUAGAAAGAUUGGUGAAGCAGGUGUGACGACAAUUGCUGGAGGAAAAUCAAAUGUAGCAGGGUACAGGGAUGGGCCAAGUGAGGAUGCACAGUUUUCAACCGACUUUGAUGUAAUUUAUGUGAGGCCAACCUGUUCAUUGCUAGUUAUUGACCGAGGAAAUGCCGCUCUUCGACAAAUUUCUCUCAAUCAAGAGGAUUGUGAUAUCCACUACAGCUCCGUCUCUUCCACAGAUCUCGUUUUGGUAAUUGGUGCUAUCUUGAUAGGAUAUGUUGUAUGCAUGAUUCAACAAGGAUAUGGCCCCUCAUAUUUCUCAAAAGUGCAUAAGGUGGAGAAUGAUGCGAAAGGAUCAAGCAAGGAAGCACCCACUAAAACCCAAACUCCAACUGUGGAAACCAUUAGAGAGGAACAAGAAGCAGGAUGGCCAUCAUUUGGGCAGCUCAUUCUGGAUCUAUUCAAGCUCGCUCUCGAAGGCUUUGGUAACAUCUUUGUUUCUUUCAACCCCUUAAACACUCCUAAAAAAGGCCUCACCCCACUAAAAGAUUCUCUCAUAAUGCCCGAAGACGAGCCUGCUAAUCAACCCCCAUUAGUUCAAAAACACAGAACUCCAACCCCUCUUUCAGAAACUCGCCAUGUCCACAAUCCAAACGAAAAAUACCCAGAAACAAAGCCCACAAAGCUCAGAUCAUCUAGCUUAAAAGAUCCAAGCAAGCACAGAGUCUCAAAGAGAGAAGAAUACGCGGAGUUUUAUGGGGCUAGUGGCGAAGUUCCUCAUGUUCGGUCCAAGAGCCAGAAGGAAAGAACAAAGCAUAGGCCAAGAGAUAAACGAGCGGAGGUUCCAUUCCAGGGAGAGCAAAAACCAGUUGACCUAAAACCAGUCAACUAUGAGGAUCCUAAGUUUAGCUAUAUGAGGAACAAAUAUGGAGAUUCAUAUCGUUACAAUUAAAAAAUUGUACAAUUUUCUAGUGUUGUAGGCUUUGCCAAACUAAACUUGAGAUAUUUUUCAUCCGGGUUGUAUCCUUCAUUUCUUGGUGGCUUUAAGUGUUUGUACAGUGGGCUGAUGGAUUUGUACCAUGGGUAGGUGGUAAAGCUACUCAAGAAUGACUGGUUAUGGUGGCUUCUGUUUCAGAAAAGUUGUUUUUCUUUAUCUUUUUCUUGAGAUAGAUUUUAUCCAAGAAAGUAUCUAAUGGAAACUAGUUGCCU